GGCUAACUAUCUGCUCUUCUCGAAAACAUGUCGCCCAUGAAGCUGUGUGUUCCAGGUGAGUCCCGUGAAUAUUUACUUUCUAGAGUUUGGGACGUGGUGUAACUAGACUUUAUUUUCGUUUUUGUAUGAGUUGGCCGUUGUGGACGUCGUGGUGUUGCUGGAAAACAGAAUUUCACAUUGGUUUGACAGUACGAAUAGCAGGUUGUCAUACUAAUCAUUUUCAGCUGCAAUGCAUGUGGUAGGACUUCUCGCGUAUUUCCACGUUUUUACGCGCAUUUACACUCGAUCGUAGUGAACUGUUGUAUUAUUUACAGGUUUUGACACAGUUAAAACGAAGAUAUUAUUUCCCAUCGUUUCGGGGAGAAACUUGUACCUGCCCACAGCUGUGAGCUUGUAACUUUUACUUUCCCCAAUUUUCAUCUGCUGCCCUGCCCAUCGCCUCAGGCUCACUGCAGCAUUCCUUUCUCUCUUGUUUUGACUCAACCAUGUGAAAUCCUCUCUUUUAUUAUGUGGGUGGUUGUAGGAAAUGUCACCGAAAUAAUUUCAUUCAUCAGAAGCUUGUGUGAAUGACCAUUUGAACCGAAAAAAACACGCCUGAAUGCAGUCACUAAAAGUCUUUUAAGAUUCUGCAAGAUGGACAUUUCCGCCAUGUUAAUACCCAUUAUGGUAUUUUACAGCAAUAAUAACUCCACACGUUUACCAACUUUUUAGAAUUCAUCACAACAUGGAUUAUGUCGACUUUAUCUAUCCUGCUAAGGAAGUUUUUUCAGCCUUCAAAGUCAAGAAGUGCAGAGAUUUUUCUUCUUUUUUAAAACAAAGUAUUGGUCUGUCAUGACUUGGUGAUAUCCUGCCCUGUUUCACGAAUAGAUCACCUUGUACACAGUCAAACAAGUAUAUAGCAGCUUAAAUAAGAGAAACGCAUACUUAUAAAUAUGCUGUUUGCUCAGGUAGUGAGAGAGAGAGUCAAUUUUUUCCUAGUCACCUGCAGGUUUUAAUAUCUUAAAAGUGGAUUAUUUAUUCCUGAUUUUUUUGUUUAUUUGUUUACUUUCACUUUAAAUACUGAAGCCUACAGCAUGUCCAACUUUUCUCCAAUAUUGCCUCUGUUUUUCCCCCUCUCUGUUUCUUUCCAGGUGACAAGCUGUGCAGUGUAGAAGACUGUAUUCCCGGCACAGGGGUAUACCUGCGGCAUGGCUACAUAUACUCCUCUCUUGCAGGAUAUGUGCUGAGGAAGAACGAAGGAGAGGAGGUGGGUGUGGUGCAUGUGGGUCGGAGAAAGGUUGGGGAAAACUACAGAAGCAGUCAGGCACGUGGGAGUGCCAGGGUGAAAGAAUUUCGCAAUGUUUGUGAAUGUGCCUGAACAAAAAUAGAUCUGCUCAUUGCCUGUGAUGAAAAGCGCACCAUGUGACAUGUCUUUCCUUCAGGCUGUUUUGAAUUUCAAUCAUGAAACCUGAACUGUAUUAAUAUGUGACAUAUUGCUACAUAUGAUUUUUCUCUCUUUGUAGUUACCUGUGAUCUCAGUUGUGAGGGAAACAGAAACACAACUAUUACCAGAUGUAGGAGCAAUAGUUACUUGUAAGGUAUGCAACACUAUCAGAUAAGAGUUUUCUUUAUUCAAAGGAUCUGCUUAAAGGAUCAUUUAAUUUAAGAGUGGGUUUGCCCUUAGUUUUAAAGUUCUUUUCUCUGGUAGGUAACAAGCAUCAACCCUAGGUUUGCAAAAGUCCACAUCCUUUAUGUUGGCUCCACACCACUGAAAGACCGCUUCAGAGGGACGAUCAGGUAAAACCACAUAAAAAAAAAAAAAAGUCCCUAUAAAGAAAACUAGGUUUGCACCCUGUUUAUCCCUUAAGUGAUCUCUUUCAUUCUUAUUCUGCAGGAAAGAAGAUGUGCGUGCCACAGAGAAAGACAAGGUGUGUUUGAAUUUAUCACUUUCGGCAGUUUUUGUCUUUUUCAUUGUGCAGAGCUUGAUUGAUAAGAGAUGACAAGCUUUGAGUAAAACUUUCUUUUUGUUGUGGCAGGUGGAGACAUACAAAAGCUUCAGACCUGGCGACAUUGUCUUGGCAAAAGUUGUAUCCUUCAGCUGCACUCGUCACAAAAACCAAAUACCUACUCUGGAGAGAGAGAGAGAUCAUAAGUAUUAAUAACCUAGGAGUAUAAUGGAUACUUUAAAGUUUCAGAUCAUCCUGCUGAGUUAUUUCUUAUCUUUCAUAUGUUUUAGCUUCAACUUAAAAACUGCAUGUAGAAUUGGGCAAUAAGUAAAUUCACAGAACUUGAGCGGUGUUGUUUUCACUGCUGUUUUUUAACCCUUGACCUGUGAUGUCAGAUCUCUCUCGGUGAUGUGCAGUCAAACUACCUGUUGACAACAGCAGAGAAUGAACUGGGGGUGGUAGUGGCUCACAGUGAAGCAGGUAACUAUUGUCUCCUCAAAUAGACACAAAUUUAUUUAUAUUGAAAAAGUCCACAGAAUGAUUUCAGCAUUGACAGCGUCCUGUUUGACCACAGGGUGGCGUGAGAGUAACUCCAAUGAUUAUUGCAGGAACAAGUGGACACUCUGUAAAGAUCGCAGUUUAUUUUAGACUGGUAACACAUAGCAACUUAUCAUAUUUUUCUGUGUGAAGAAGACAUCAACAUGAUAAUUGAGGUAUAUUGCUCCUGUAAAUCAGCUUAAUUUUACUGCUUAAACAAAUGAAUGUGCAUGAUGAGCACCAAGGCAGAGAAGUCACAGAUCUCUGCCUGGAACAAGUAUAAUCGUGAGACAAAAAAGCUCUGUGCCCCAUGCACAAGAAUAACAAGAGUCCACUGACUGCAGCAUUAUCUUUUUUCUGAUCCAGGUGCCCAGAUGGUUCCCAUCAGCUGGUGUGAGAUGCAGUGUCCACGAACCCACGCGAAAGAGUUCCGCAAAGUGGCACGUGUGCAGCCCGAAUAUCUACAGGCAUAAGAAAGCCCUGCAGCUUCUUUCUUCCACAAGGAACACACAGCUUCCCCUCCCUCCCUUCACACCACUGUCAAGCAGCCUCUUAACUGUGUUUCAUGUCUGUCUGAGAGACUUAGCGGCUACUUCAAUUUCAAGACUUGUCUGUUUUUAUAAUGGCUUUCCCUUCGCACGUUAUGUCAUCAUUAAUUGUGCUAGCUUGAAAACACAAAAGCAAACAGCUAAAUUGUGAGGACAUGUUAUAAACAAUGAAGCUACUGUUGAAAAGACAUUUUGAACGAAAUCAUUUGCAGACACAAGCAAGACAGAGUUUUACAGUUACCUGUAGCUGUCAGACUUUUCUUGGGACCUCCAUGUCAGAAAGCUAAAAGCAGCAGCAUUCUGCACCAAAUCGAGAGAGGUGCUUUUGUUUUUUUUUACUGAUGCAGGGUUCAUUCAGUCAAAAGUAUUAUGACAGAUAGGUCCUGGGAAGGAUGGCAGUUGGUGCAUGUUGCUGAAUGCACAGACAUGAGACUUGUCGAGACAAGACCCACAGUCAUACUUGCGUUAAGGCAAAAAAAUGUGCAUUUUGUAACUAAACAUUUUACAAAGACUGUGGGUGUUUGUGGUCUAAAAUGAGAACUGGAUGUUAUGCUUUGAAAUAUGUCAUCAUGUAUGGGGUUAACCUGUUUUUUUAAAUACCUUGUCCAUGAAUGUGAUGACAUCCAUUUAGCUGAGAGACAUUUUGUUCUCAAAUGCUAAUUUCUCUGCACUCUAGACAGCAGUUUUAAGAGAGAGUCUGUGACUAAAAGGGCCUUCUCUUUAAUCUGAAUCACAACACAGCGGAACAGUGAAGUAGAUUAUGAUAGUCAAGUAUUUCUUUGGUUUUCCUGCACAUUAUGGAAAGUUUAUUAUGAGCCAACAAUAAGAGAGCAGAAAUGUUUCUAUGGUAUCUUUGACGUAACGUGUACUUGGAUAUUCCUUAUCCUGUCUUUCAUCUUACAGCAGGAUGUCAUUCAUGUGCUGGAUUGGAAUAAAAUGACUAUCAAAACCAUGGA